AUGGCUAGCCGUGGAGAUGAGGUAGCUGUCAGUCUUACAGCUCCCGCUGAUGCGGAGAAUCAUCAUGAGAUCGUGGACGUGGUUGAUCUGCUGCCCGGCCCCAUCUGGCACAUCAUCUUCCGCCACUUGCUGCUGGGUAGCGCCUCCGGCGCAUCACAAGAGAGAGGAGCAGGCAGCGCCUCCGGCGCAUCACAGGAGGGAGCAGGCAGCGCCUCCGGCGCAUCACUUCUUAGUCGACUCAAAAAGAAGCUGCAGAGUCUGGGUAACUCCUCGGGCGCAUCACAGGAGGGAGCAGGCAGCACCUCGCCGGGUGCCACUGGGAGUGGACUUCUGAGUCGACUGAAAACGAAACUGCAGAAUUGGGGUAAUUCCUCGGGCGCGUCGCAGCAGGGAGGAGCAGGAGACGCGUCCAUCACGGAGGAGCAGCACGCGGAGGCAUUGCGGACCUUCGGCUCCUGCUGGCCUCUGCUGCGCUGCGCCAUGGUCUGCAAGAGACUCCUCCACCAUGUCGCCUCCUUCCCCGUGAGUCUCUCAUUGCUCCCCGUGAGUCUCUCAUUGCUCCCCGUGAGUCUCUCAUUGCUGCCCGUGAGUCUCUCAUUGCUCCCCGUGAGUCUCUCAUUGCUGCCCGUGAGCCUCUCAUUGCUCCCUCUUCUCUGGGUGUUGAGCUAUGAAGCGGACUUGGAGCCCAUGACGCUGCCUAUCAACCCCCAAGACCCCGCCACGCUCACACGUCCCUCGGGAACGCUCUCUGUCUUCCUCAGGCACGCGCCUCACACGCCCCUCAAUGUCCUUCUCAACAGCCCCCAGGACCUUCACUGCCUCAGCCGUCUCUUGGGACCCUCUGCGCGCUCCCUCACAACCUUGUGCCUUGGGCUCAAGAAACCUUACGACAGAUUCAGGCUCCUUGAGAGCGAGCGACUGAUGCGUUCAGCAUUUCUAGGGGAGUUUGAGCAGCUGCAGAAGCUGGAGCUAGGCUACGGGACUUGGCAAUUAGGCAGCCUGAAUCCAGCAAUGUUCCGGGCUUUAAGGAGUCUGAGCAUCCACGAUUUCCAGCGCGGCAGAAAUGUUCUGCCCGUUCUCUCAUCCAUCGCGCCGCAGCUGCAUGAACUCGCUCUCGCCUGCUCCACCCAUGGCUGUGGCUCUGCCUCUACCACCCUCGAUUUCAAGCUCACCGCUGCUCGAUCUAUCACAGUCUGCUUUGAGAAUCAACCGCUCCACCUCCGCUUCGCCCUGCCUGCCUCUUUGAAUUCCUUCUCGGCCACUGCGGGAUGUCUUCAUGUGGAUUGCACAUGCAACAGCCGCCUCUCUCUCGACUCGCUCUCUCUCAUUGGCCGCUCGCAGCUUCUCGUUUCUUCGCUCCCAUUGGCUGCCGCCAAAUCCGUCUACCUGAACGGCUCCCAAAAAGACGAGUGGCAUGCUUUUCCUUGUUCCAAUCUCGAAUCCCAACGCGCCUUGUCCCUCCUGCUCAGCAACAUAGCGCCUACAGUGGAGACGCUUGUAUUGAGGGACGAGCGGGAAGGGUGGUGUGUGCUGAUAAUGGUGUUGGCAAAGGUGUGGGCAUGGGGUGGUGUGACCAAAGGUGUGGGCAUGACGUGGUGUGACCAAAGGUGUGGGCAUGGGGUGGUGUAG